CUCCCUCUCACUAUUGCUCUCCUUCCUCUGCCCCCAAAUUUUUACCAUUUGUUUUCCUCCUCUGCUUUCUCUCCUCUCCUCUGUAGUUAGUUUAUUAAACAAAAAAACAGAGGACCUCCCACACCCAAAAACCCCCAAAUCGAAAAAUGAAGCGCACCACAGCCUAAAAGCUACUUCUUCUUCUUCUUCAAUUCCCCUCCAAUGGGUUUUGCAUGACCAAUCAUCCGAAACCCAUAAAAGAUCUCCGCCCAAUUUCGCAAAAAAAAAAUUAAAAAUUGUUGGUAAGAUUUUUAUUGAAUGGCAGCUUCGGAGCAGCCCCAGGAAGUUCUGUCAUGGCUCAGAGCCCUGCCCGUAGCUCCGGAGUACCACCCUACUUGGGCCGAGUUCCAAGAUCCGAUUGCCUACAUUUUCAAGAUCGAGAAGGAGGCUUCCAAGUAUGGAAUCUGCAAAAUCGUGCCGCCGGUGCCGCCGGCGCCGAAGAAAACAGCAAUUGCUAAUCUCAACAAGUCUCUGGUGGCGCGCGGUGGGCCUUCGGUUGGAAAAGGCCCCAAGGCCCUGCCCACAUUCACUACCCGGCAGCAGCAGAUCGGGUUCUGCCCCCGGAAGGCCCGCCCCGUGCAGAGACCCGUCUGGCAGAGCGGCGAGCACUACACAUUCAACCAAUUCGAGGCCAAAGCCAAGAGCUUUGAGAAGAGCUACUUGAAGAAGCGGAGGAAGAAGGGAGGCCUGAACCCUCUGGAUGUCGAGACCCUUUACUGGAGAGCCACUGUCGACAAGCCCUUCUCCGUCGAGUACGCCAAUGACAUGCCCGGCUCGGCUUUCGUGCCGCUCAGCAGCAAGAAGAGUGGUGCCAGCACUAGCAGGGAGGCAGGGGACGGCGUCACGCUGGGAGAGACGGCCUGGAAUAUGAGGGGGGUUUCCAGGUCCAGAGGGUCUCUGCUGAGGUUUAUGAAGGAGGAGAUUCCCGGGGUUACGUGUCCUAUGGUCUAUGUGGCCAUGAUGUUCAGCUGGUUUGCUUGGCACGUCGAGGAUCAUGACUUGCAUAGCUUGAAUUACCUGCAUUUGGGAGCCGGCAAGACUUGGUAUGGCGUCCCCAGGGAGGCUGCCGUGGCCUUCGAGGAGGUCGUCAGAGUUCAGGGUUAUGGAGGGGAGAUCAAUCCUCUUGUUACAUUUGCUACGCUUGGUGAGAAGACCACCGUGAUGUCACCUGAAGUCUUUAUUAGUUCAGGGAUUCCAUGCUGCAGGUUAGUGCAAAAUGCUGGGGAAUUUGUUGUCACUUUUCCAAGAGCCUAUCACACUGGAUUCAGUCACGGAUUUAAUUGUGGGGAGGCAGCCAACAUUGCAACUCCUGAGUGGUUGAGGGUUGCCAAUGAUGCGGCUGUCCGACGAGCUUCAAUCAAUUAUCCUCCUAUGGUGUCUCAUUUUCAGUUACUUUAUGAUCUUGCUCUAGCAUUAUGUUCAAGAACGCCUGUGCGCAAUAGUGCUGAACCUCGAAGUUCUCGACUAAAAGAUAAGAAAAAGGGUGAAGGAGAAACAGUAGUUAAAGGUUUAUUUGUGAAGAAUGUCAUUCAGAACAAUGAGCUGCUUCAUGUUCUUGGAAAAGGGUCGUCAAUUGUACUUCUACCACAGAGUUCUUCGGACAUUUCUGUUUGUUCAAAAUUACGUGUUGGUUCACAGUUAAGAGUAAACCCUGAUGAUCUCAUGAUAGACGGGAAGCAGGGAAUCAAGCAGGUAAAAGGGUUGUAUUCAGUGAAAGGAAAACUUGCAUCUUUAUGUGAAAGUAGCCAGCAUCCCUCAUUAAAUGCAAAUGGCAAUGCAAGUACUCCUUCUAAGAUGCUGAACAUGAGCGCUAAAAGAGAAAGUAAUGUUGAAGGCGAAGGGUUGUCAGAUCAGAGACUAUUUUCUUGUGUUACAUGUGGAAUUUUGAGCUUUUCAUGUGUUGCUAUAAUUCAACCAAGAGAAGCAGCAGCCAGAUAUCUCAUGUCAGCAGAUUGUAGUUUUUUCAACGAUUGGGCUGUUGAUUGUGAGCCUAUCCAGGUUGCAAAUGGAGAUCCAAAUAGUUCAAAGAAGGGUCCCUGUACAGAAACAGGAUUGAUGCAAAAGAGUACCCAUGAUGGUUUAUACGAUGUGCCCGUUCAGUCUGCUGAUUAUCGAAAUCAGAUCACAGAUCCAAUCAAUGAAGUUGAUUCAAAUACUGAAAUGCAGAGAGAUACUAAUGCACUUGGGCUAUUAGCUUUGACCUAUGGAGAUUCAUCUGACUCGGAGGAAGAUCAGGCUGAACCAGAUGCUCCUGUUUGUGGUGACGAAACAAACUUGUCAGACUGUUCUUUGGAAGGUAGAUAUGAGUAUAAAAGUGCUAGUCCUCCUUUGAGAGACUCUUAUGGAGGUACAGCUGGGGUUCGCAGUCCAACUUCACCAGGAUUUGAUUGUGGUAAUGAACUCCCGACUGUUGACGGCAAUGUGGAAAAUAGACGUGAAGCAACUAAUUUCAAGGAUAAUGGUCAUCAAUAUAUUGACUGUUCUGUUGAUCUUGACACUUUGACAAAGACAAAUGGUUUGGGGGGUACAUCUAUAGAUCCAGUAAAGGUUUCAUAUUCUGGCUCCCCAGAUGCGUUAGACAUUCAACCAACACGAUUUGGUCAGGCCACUUUACAGAAAGAGAGUACAGGCACAUCAUUUUUUCCAGGAUGUGACCAGGAUUCUUCUAGAAUGCAUGUGUUCUGCCUUGAGCAUGCUGUAGAGGUUGAGCAGCAGCUCCGUUCAUUUGGAGGUGCCCACAUUUUACUCCUUUGUCAUCCAGACUAUCCGCGGAUAGUGGAUGAAGCAAAAGAAAUAGCAGAAGAACUGGGAGUAAAUUAUCCCUGGAAUGAUAUGGUAUUCAGGGAUGCCACCAGGGAGGAUGAGGAGAGGAUUCAGUCAGCUCUGGAUAGUGAGGAAGCCAUUGCUGGGAAUGGAGACUGGGCUGUAAAGAUGGGGAUCAAUCUCUUCUACAGUGCCAGUCUUAGCCGCUCUCAUCUUUAUAGUAAGCAGAUGCCAUACAAUUCUGUUAUAUACAAUGCAUUUGGUCGUAGUUCUCCAGCUAGCUCGCCUGCAGGACCUGAGGUCUGUGGGAGGAGGCCUGCCAAACAGAAAAAGAUAGUGGUAGGGAAAUGGUGCGGUAAAGUUUGGAUGUCAAAUCAAGUUCAUCCCUUCUUAAUAAAAAGGGAUCAUGAAGAGAAAAAAGUAGAGCUAGAACAGAGGAGGUUCCAUGAUUCAGAAAUGCCAGAUGAGAAGCUUGAUGGAAAAUCAGAAAGCACACGCAAAACUGAGAAAACUAUGGUGACUAAACAGUAUUCUAGGAAGAGGAAAAUGACUGUAGAGGGUGGGACAACCAAGAAAGCAAAAUGUCCUGAUGCAGUUUCUGCUCAUUCAGUAGAUGAUAACUCCCAUCAGCAGCAGAAGAGGUUUCUCAAGAACAAGCAAGCCAAAUAUAUAGAGAGUGGUCCAACCAAGAAAGCAAAGUUUACUGAGACAGAAGAUGCAGUGUCAGGUGAUUCAAUGGAAGAUGAUUUCCGUCAGCAAAAUAGGAGGACUCUUCGAAGCGAGCAAGCCAAGUAUAUUGAGGGAGAUGAUGAUGUUUCAGAUGAUUCAAUGGGAGUUGAUUCUCACCAGCAGCAGAGGCGGAUUGCGAAAAGUAAGCAAGCGAAGUAUAUUGCCAGAGAUUUCUCUAUGUUGUCAGAUGAUUCAGUUGGAGUUAAUUCUGAUCAUCAGCAGAGGCGGGUUGCUGAAAGUAAUGCCAGGGAGUUCUCUGCGGUUUCAGAUGAUUCGCUUGAGGAUAAUAUCCAUCAGCUGCAUAGGAGGUCACUUAGACGCAACAAAGGUAAAUGCAUUGGGAGAGGAAAUUUGACUUCACAAAAUCUUCACGGGGUCAGUUCUCCUCAGCAACAAAGGAGGACUUCUAAAAGCAAGCAGGCCAAAACUGUGGAGAGAGAAGAUGCAGCUCUGGAUGACACACCGGACGAUAAUGCUGCACUGCAGCUUAAGAGUUUCCGAGGCAGGCAAAUAAAACCAGAGACCGUUCAGCAAAAGAAACAGGAAACUCCUCGCCGUGUGAAGCAAGGCUCCCGCCGUCUUCAAGAAACCCAGCAAAAGACUCCCAGGAUCCAAAAUAUUCAAUCUGAACAAAACACCGUUGAUGUAAAUGCUGAGGAACCAGAAGGUGGGCCUAGCACGCGACUUAGAAAAAGACCUCCAAAAGAGCAGCCAGAAACCGGUAGGAAAAAGGCAAAAGGGCAGCCAGAAACUGGAAGGAAAAAGGCAAGAGAGCAGCAACAAACUGGUAGGAUAAAGGUAAACACUGCUUUAGGUGUGAAGACAAAGAAUGCUUCAGCUCGGAAGGGAAAGAGUGCUUCAGCAGUGAGGGAAGAGGAAGCAGAAUUCUUGUGUGACGUUGAGGGGUGCACCAUGAGUUUUGGCACGAAACAAGAGCUAAAUCUCCACAAGAAAAACGUGUGUCCGGUCAAGGGGUGUGGAAAGAAAUUCUUCUCGCACAAGUAUCUGGUGCAACAUCGUCGAGUUCAUGAGGAUGACCGCCCCCUUCGGUGCCCUUGGAAGGGAUGCAAGAUGACAUUCAAGUGGGCAUGGGCUCGGACUGAGCACAUUAGGGUACACACAGGUGCCCGUCCGUACGUCUGUGCAGAGCCAGGGUGUGGGCAGACCUUCCGGUUUGUGUCAGAUUUCAGCCGUCAUAAGCGGAAGACUGGGCAUUCAGUAAAGAAAGGUAAGGGGCGAUCGCGAUGAGUGGGGAUGGUGGAAAGUUGAUGUAAUCAUGUAACAUGACUAAUGAAUCUGUUGUUCGAUUGACAAAUUAGUGCUAGGUGAGGAAUAGGGUUAAGAUUUCCCCUGUAAUUGCUAUUCGGAAUGACAAUAAUUUCUGAUUUUCCUGCGGCCUUCAUUAGGCCCUUUAAUUUAAUGCAGCAACAGCAAUUGCUUCCAUCUUAA